CACAGCUGGCCAGAGGGGAGGGAGUUUAGAAACCCAGAGAGAUGGCUUAAAGGCUGAUCCUGUUGAGACCCCCUGAGAUACCCAACUCCAUGGGAACUGAGACCACUUGACUGCGUUCAGCACCCUUCAGGAUACAGUCCUAGGAAAUGGUCAAAGGCGCCAAGGGAGCAUCACCUGAGAUUUGAAACGAAGACAAGGGUAACGGACACUAAAUGAGAAUAUGGCCAAUGGCAUUGAAGAUCUUAUUGGGAUCCCAUUCCCGAACCACAGCAGUGAAGUCUUAUGUGGUUUAAAUGAGCAGCGACAUGACGGUCUCCUCUGCGAUGUCAUCCUCAUUGUACAGGACCAGGAGUACCGGACUCAUCGGUCCGUUCUUGCUGCCUGCAGCAAGUACUUCAAAAAACUCUUCACUACCGGCACUUUAACAGACCAGCCCUAUGUUUACGAGAUUGACUUUGUCAAGCCUGAAGCACUUUCUGCCAUCCUCGAGUUUGCCUACACCUCAACCCUCACCAUUACCACCUCAAAUGUCAAGCACAUCCUCAGCGCUGCCAAGAUGCUGGAGAUUCAGUGCAUUAUCAACGUAUGCCUUGAAAUCAUGGAGCCUGACAGAGAGGCAGAAGAGGAAGAUGACAAAGAGGAUGAAGAUGAUGAUGAAGAUGAAGAUGAAGAUGAGGAGGAGGAGGAGGAGGAGGAAGAAGUGGAGGAUUUUGUCAGUCAGGAGAAUCUAACUGAUGUCCAAGAAGUAAGCUGUCACCAAAGCCCUUCUAAGUCUGAUCUUACCGAAGAAGCAUACACAGAAGCACCUAAAGACUUUCCAAAUCACUAUCCAGCCAAUAACUCCUCUGGACACUUGGGUGUGAUACGAGACUUCUCCAUUGAGUCCUUGCUGAGGGAGAACUUGUACCCUAAGGCAAACAUCCCGGAAAGGAGGCCAGCUCUCUCUCCUUUCACCCCUAGCUUCUUUCCCCACCUGUGGAACGGUGAUUUUAGUUCCUUUUCCCAGCUCGACGAGCCACAAGUGGACAAUGGCCCUUUGGAUCUGGUGAUCAAAAAGAGGAAGAUCAAGGAAGAGGAGGAGAAGGAAGACUUGCCUCCACCUCCUUUCCCUAAUGACUUCUUCAAGGACAUAUUUACUAACACCCCAGCACCUCCCUUAGGGCAUAUUAAAGCAGAGACUGACUAUAGUGCUUAUCUCAAUUUCCUAAGUGCAACCCAGUUUGGAGGAGUUUUUCCUCCAUGGCCCUUGGAGGAAGAGAGGAAGAUAAAGCCCAAGGCAUCUCAGCAGUGUCCCAUCUGUAACAAAGUCAUCAUGGGGGCCGGAAAGCUACCCCGGCACAUGAGGACCCACACAGGAGAGAAGCCGUAUAUGUGCAAUAUUUGUGAAGUCCGCUUUACCAGGCAGGACAAGCUCAAGAUCCACAUGCGGAAGCACACGGGCGAGCGGCCCUACCCCUGCACCGAGUGCACCAAGUGCUUCCGCUACAAGCAGUCCCUCAAGUACCACCUGAGGACGCACAUGGGAGAUCACGGCCACCUGGGCGGUGGGCCCAUGUGCCUUCCCGGCCCCAGCCCCGAGCACUUCCUGAGCGGGGCCAAGGACGCUUUUAGCCUGCAAGAGCUGGAGAGCCGCUUCGAAGAAACCCAGAUGAAGCUGUUGAGGCGAGCCCAGCUGGACAUGGAGAGGAACGCGGGCAUUUUCGCCUUCGCCCUGGGCCACAACGACAACCUCUCGGCCCAGCCUUUCUUCCCCCUCGACAUUGUCACCAAGUGCUAG